CCUCUCCAGAACGCGCUGAUGCUCGCCUGCUCCAAGGGCUUUGUGGACAUCGUGCCGCUGCUGCAGAAGUGUCCCUACAUCAACAUCAACCAGCAGGACAACGAUGGGAACACAGCCCUCAUGAUGGCUGCCCAGGCAGGACACAUCACCAUUGUUAACUACCUCCUCAACUACUACCCUGCCCUGGAGGUGGACCAGCGGGACCCGCGGGGGCUGACGGCGCUGAUGAAGGCGGCGGUGCAGGGGCGGCGGGACUGCGUCACCGCCCUGCUGCUGGCGGGAGCUGACCUGCAGGCCGUGGAUGCCGUGAAGGGGAAGACAGCCCGGGAGUGGGCGACCUUCACCGGCCGCUUCGAGACCACCGUGCGCAUCCGGACGCUGCUGCGGCGCCCGCGCGCCGAGCAGUUCGCGGCCCAGUACCGGCCCGAGUGGCCAGCGCUGGCCGCGCUGGUGGCCAAAGCCCUGAGCCCCAAAUCCAGGAGCGAGAGGCUGUCGGAGAAGAUCCGCUCCAUCUUCACCUUCAACAUCCCCCGCGAUCCCAAGGAGGACGGUGUGCUGGACCACAUGGUGAGGAUGACCACGUCCCUCGCCAGCCCUUUCGUGGCCACCGCUUGCCAAACCGUCUGCCCCGACAGCCCGCCCGAGGUGGGCAAGCGCCGGCUCUCGGUGCCGGAGAUCCUCGGGCGGCACGUGCCGGACGAAGGCGACGCCUCAGAAACGCGCAGCGCCGGGGGAUCCUCCUGCAACGGCCACGCCGUGUCCGACGUCUUCCCCGGGGAGCCCCUCCCCAAAAUCAAAGUGAGCAAAGCCUCGGGCUCGCCCGCCGGCGAGAAGAAGCCGCGUGUGAAGGACAAGCACCUGCUGCAGCCGCCGCAGUGGAGGUACAAGAUGCUGAAGGAGGAGAAGAAAGCGGCCGAGGAGGCCAAGACGGGGGAGAAGAAGAAGAAAAAGAAAAAGAAAGGCUAA